CCUUUUCAAAAGUUGGUUUUAGAGCUUGGUACCGUGCUAAUGAUGCAUUUAAAAAGCAUCAAUACUCUCAAAACCAYACAAAUAGUUCAACUGCCUUAUCCAACUAUUUAACAUUGAAAUCAAUUGAUUGUCAACUUGAUAUGGCUCGUCAAGCAGCUAUCAGUAAAAAAGAAGAAGAACGCCUUGAAAAUAGAAAAGUUAUGUAUCGUCUGAUUGAUAUUGUAAUUUGUUUAGUGAAGAGUGGUCGACCUCUUCGAGGACAUGAUGAAAGUGAAAAUAGUAAUAACCAAGGACUUUUUAGAGAACUUUUGAACUUACUAUCAAAAUAUGAUAAUCUUCUUCGGUGUCAUUUUGAACAUGGUGCAAGGAAUUCAUUAUACAGAACUGAUGAAACAAGUGAUGUAGGACAUUCCGAACAACUGUCUAUCGUUAUUAGGUAUUUUGAUGGUGAGCAAAAUAGACCAAUUGAAACAUUAGUAGCUUUAAGGUGUAUGACAUCUGUUACUGCACAAUCUAUAUUCAAUUCAAUUGAUAAUGCUAUAAGAGAAAUGGGAAAAUGUUGGACUUCAGUGUUAGCUGUGUGUUUUGAUGGCGCAUCGGCAAUGUCUGGCAGUAUAGGUGGUGUUCAAGCCAAAUGUAAGGAACAGAAUUCAAGCAUAAAAUAUGUGCACUGUUAUGCUMAUUGCUUGAAUCUAGCAUUAGUAGAUUCGGUAUGUGAAAAAUCAACUUCCAAGCAAAUAAAAAAAAAUAGAUUAGUUUUUAACUUUUUUGGAACCAUUCAAUUCAUUUAUAACUUCAUUGAAGGCAGCCCAAUGCGACAUGCAACUCUUAUAAAAAUUGCUCAAAAAACUAAUGUUAAGCUGAUGACAAUUAAAUCAUGUUCUACUACACGUUGGGCAUGUAGAGCUGAAGCAGUCAAGGCUAUAUUAAACAAUUAUGACUGUCUACUUCUUGCAAUUGAAGAAAUUU